GGAGCCGAGAGGCUGCCGGGAGCCGCCAUUUUCUCAACGCGCGGCGCCGGAGCGCUUCCCUCAGCCGGGGUCGGUGAGGAAGGAAUUUGAAGGAAGAGCCCUACGAAGAGAUGACGUGCAACGGCCCAGAUAGCUCCGAACCUGGUGCCACUCCAGCCACUGAUGGCGACCAGGAGUGGACCCAGGAACACAACCGACUAGGAACCUUUGUGGAGUUUCCCCCUGACUGUCCAGUUUCAGCAUCAACACUUGCUCGAGCUGGCUUUGUUUAUACUGGAGAAGGUGAUAAAGUCAAGUGCUUCAGUUGCCAUGCGACUGUUGAAGGAUGGCAGCCCGGGGAUUCUGCGGUUGACAGACACAAAAACCUUUCCCCAGAUUGCAGAUUUAUUACUCAGUCUGCUUUUUUGGAAAAUAACGUACAUCCUCUUGUGCAGAGCCACCGGCAUAGGACUGAAAAUGGCUCCAGCAAUUUAGCCCUCUCAUCUGCUCUGGAGGAUUUGUCUGAUGUGGAGGCAGAUUACCUGCUGAGAACUAGGCAGGUUGUGGACAUGUCUGAUACUUUGUAUCCUAAAAACCCUGCUAUGUGCAGUGAAGAAGCCAGGCUGAAGUCCUUUCACAAUUGGCCCCCCUAUGGCCUAUUGACGCCAAAGGAAUUAGCUAGUGCAGGACUCUACUAUACAGGUGUUGGUGAUCAAGUCGCGUGUUUUUGUUGUGGUGGGAAACUGAAAAACUGGGAGCCUGGUGAUCGAGCUUGGUCUGAGCACAAGAGGCAUUUUCCCAAAUGUUUUUUUGUCCUGGGUCGGGACGUUGGAAAUGUUUCAACUGAAUCUAUUUGUGCUGAGCUUGGGAGAAGCUGUCUAAACAACGAGCAGCAUCCAAGGAAUCCAUCCAUGGUAGAAUAUGAAAGGAGGAUACAAACAUUUCUAACUUGGAUAUAUCCUGUUAACAAGGAACGUCUUGCUGAAGCAGGGUUCUACAGCACAGGUAAUGGCGAUCACGUUGUGUGCUUCCACUGCGGUGGAGGAUUGCAAGAAUGGAAGGAAAAUGAAGACCCGUGGGAUCAACAUGCCAAGUGGUUUCCUGGGUGCAAGUUCUUGAGAGAGGAAAAGGGACUAGAAUUUAUAAAUAAUGUUCACUUAAGAGAUGGAUGUAGGGAUUCAACAAUAGAAGCUGCUGAAGUUACAAUACUUCCUAAAGAUGACCUCUUACAGAAUCAGUUGGUACAGAAUGCCAUACACAUGGGUUUCAGUUUGUCUGAGAUUAGGAGCAUUAUGGAAAAGAAGCUGCACAUGUCUGGAGAAAGCUAUACAUCUGUUGAGGAUCUGGUAGCAGACUUAAUAAGUGCUCAGAAAGAAAAUAUAAAGGGAGAACCACCAAAAGAAAGCCCACUUGAGCAAGAUCUCAGUAUUGAAGAGAAGUUAAGACGCUUGCAGGAAGAGAAGCUCUGUAAAAUCUGUAUGGCUAAAGACAUAUCGGUAGUCCUCAUUCCCUGUGGUCACCUGGUUGCUUGUAAGGAAUGUGCUGAAGCAGUUAAUAAAUGUCCUCUGUGUUGUACAAAUAUUAUCAAAAGACAGAAAAUUUUUAUGUAUUAGUGAAAUGUACAGUAGUGUGGAUGUAACUGCUCCCUGCUUUAUUUCUUUAAACGUGUGUAAUGCGACAACAGACGGUUGGGUGUUCACCAGUCUAGCACACGCUUAUGGUGCAUCUCACUUUGGAGAUAAUGUAAACAGUAAAGCUUUAAUCAACACCCUGAAAAAUGAGUUGACUGUCAGAAGCUGCUAGAUUUUUGUUUAGAGCACUCGUAUUCUACUGCCUCCUUAGUGCUCUCCUUACUUCUUGUGCUUUUACUUUGAAGUUGUGAUUUAAAAUAACUGUUACUCUAUUUUCAGAUCUGUUUGUGUUCACACUUCUACUAAUCUUCUGUGAAUACAGGAAUUAAAUACAUAUACAAUCUUUCAGGAAAUGGCAUAGGAAAACUGGGUGUUUUGAUUGAGUAGCACUGAUGCUGUGGUUUUUUUCCCCCACUAACAAGUUUGAGAAAUCAGACUAUAUAAAUAGCGGGAAAAAAUCUACUUUUUAUAGACUGUGUUUCUACUAAUUACCAUUUGCUCAGCUCAUUUAUCAAAAAUAGACCUGCUUAAUUUUCUCUUCUAGUGGGACCAAGGGUAACAGCUUCAUCAGAGGAAAUAAAUUGAUUUAGGGUAAUUUUUAUGUUGCUAUUUUGAAUAUUCAGAUAUCCAAAUAGAUUUUCUGGGGUUAAAAUUCUUACUGAUUCGUUAGAUGCUACGUGAAGGACUUCAUUUUAUGCAUCUUAUCCCCUACUAAUCUAGUGUUUCUAGUUUGAAAAACAUCAGCUAAAAUACCUUUUCAUUUUAUUCUUGUCACUUGCCUAUCUUAAGAAUAAAAUAACAUCAGUAGGAGUAGCUUUGCUAUAGGUUCUGUCUUCUAGCUACGAUUGUCUGUGUGCUACUUUGUAGGUCAGUAAUUAGAUGCCUUUACUGCCACUGAAGGAUGUCUAUCUGUCUUGUCAUUCUUGUUUACACUUGUAAGCCUCUGUAACCGGUCUCAAAUAAUAAUUAACAGGCUAAACAAACACGAGCAACACAGGAACUAGCUCUGAAUAGUGUUGGUUUUCUUCUCCUUUCUUCUUAGAUUGACAAGUUAGCAACACCCUUGGAAUUAAUGGACCCUUUUAAAACUGCUCUAAGCUUUAAAAAUACCAUAACUGCCUCUGGAUAUCUGUGACUAACGAAAGAUGGAAACUGUAACUGAUGUUAAUCAUGAUGUUAAUCAGAACACUCAUUCUUAAGUUCAUUUCAUGUGCCACCUACAGACAUAAAAAUGCAGACAAUCCUAGGGUGUAAUCACCUGGCUGUAUUUAAGUUUUUCUGCUGUCAAACUACAUGUAUUUAAAUAUUCUUAACAUUUUUCUUAAUUGAGUUUUUCUACAUCAAAUCCAAUACUGAAAGGCAAGUAGAAGCCAAUGACUUCUGGUAGGUCCACUUCAUAGACCUGGUUUGGCAAAGCCUAAGCAAUGCAGAGCUUUAUUUAUGUCAUCGUUCCUUUGUUUCACUGUGGAGAGACUCUGUGUAGCUGAAGUUUAUGCAAAUAGAGUUGUUAUAAAAUCAGGCCCUCUAUAAGACGUGUACAUGCUCAUUUUUGAAAUUCUGACUCUUAUUUGUAUGUAUUUCAACUCAGGUUCUAGCAUCUCAAAAACGCGGUCUGAUUGAAAAUGUUAGCUCUGUAGCUUUGGUUGUGACAUGAUUCAGAGAAUGUGUAAACCUGCUGCUGAAAGAUUUUAGAUUGUUACUACUUUGCCAGUUUUUCUGUUGUGAUCAAUAGUUCCUGUAUCCUCACUCACUGUUUCUGUGUAAGUAAGCCUCAGAACCCUGGUUUUAGCCUUCUGCUUUUCUCAACACGUCCCUCUUGUAUACAAAUGUCAUUCCUUACAAGUGAACUCGACAGAAAUGAAGGAUAUUCUGCAUACCUCGUGCCCUUCAUUAUGACAGGAGCUAGCUUAUGAGACAUUCAGUGUACGUUUGUCUCACGUUUCUAACAUUUAGCAUCAUCCUAACUUAUUUUUUCUGCUAGUGUUUUAAGUAUAGCUGGUUUACAGUAACACUAAUUAUGUGACUUCCUAUUUAUGUGGGUAUACUAAUCUGUUUCUGUUUAUACAGAAAUUUUAUCUUGGGUCCUACACACUGAGUAAUAUAUUUGAUUAAUGAUACUUUAUAAAGAAUAUAUAGUUUUUCACACAAUGAAGGUUUUAAAUGCAAUAUACAGAAAUGUAAUGUCUCUAUUUUUUGUUAGAUAUUUGCUAUGAUUAUAUGAGAUUUCAUAGAACUGACAUGUUGCUCCAGUGCAAUUUUGUGUGUAUUUAAAAUAAAGUGCAAUCCAGUUGUUCUCGGAGUAGCGUGUUUGAUUCUUACAUGCAAAAGAAAUAACAGAAGGUUGGAUUCUUUUGCUUUUUUCUUUUGUCACUCAACUGUUCCUAAUUUAACAUGAGUGUUAGUACGGAUGGGAAGUAUGUUUUAGGUUGAAGGGAAAUAAUAUUUGAUUUGUAUGUGUUAAAAUUUGUUGCUUUUUUUUUUUUUUAAUAUUCAUUUAGCUACUUUUUGUAAUAAAUUGGAAUUUGGUUCCCAGGAAUUGAGUAGAAACUUCAUAAAGAACUCAGCACUAGGAUUUAUGUUCCUCUUCUGGGAAAAAAUAAAUAUAUCAUUCCGGUAAGAAAGGUUUUGGUUUUGCUUUUUUUUCCCCCCCUGACUUUUUGAAGAGCUUGGUGUUUGAGAACUCAUGCAUACGGGGCUUUUUCAGGAUUGAUGCGGGUUGGCAGUUCUGGCAGCCUUGUCUCUAGCUCCCAUUUUCACAUACAGGGAGGGCCUGUGUUAACUUGCAAGGGAAACUAAAGUGGGGGGUGUUGGCACAGGAGCUAAUAUAUCUACCUGAAAUAGCAUGUUUGGUUAUUGGUGCAAACCAGGUUAUGCUGCCUUGCUUAAGCAGAUGGUUUGUUACCUAACCCUGACCUAAGUCACGUGAGAGACUGAAUGAGCUGGAUCUGGCUUACAGCCUGCAACUUUUGCCAUGUCACUAGACAAAAGUAUUUGGGAAGAGGCUGACCAAAUUCUGUUUAGAACUGUUCCAGAACAAAAUCCUAGCAGGGAGGUG